CGUUCGAUGCAGCCUCUUGAUGAUAAUACAUCCGCCACUUUCUAUGGGUAAAUAUGUAUUUUCCUUUAGAAGCCGUUUCUCUCUCAUCCAGCGCUUCCAUCCUAGCGAUAUCAUCGUUUAUGUAUUCCCAAAAUCAUUCUAAAUACCCUAAUUUCUCAAUUUGGUGUUCCAACAUUGAAUAAUCAGAUCUCGAGGUUUGGCAUUCCAAUUGCUACUCAUUUUUGGUGUUCCAAUCAUUCCAGUUUUCCAUAUUUUUCUUCAUACAUGCGUAGAUGGAUUCAGAUGUGCUUGUGAAUCAAUAAAGAGUUGGUGAUUGAAGCUCGGGUGCUAAUAUCAACAAAAAGUCAAACUAGAACUUACACAAGUUCAUACAAGUGGAUGAUUAAGAAACAUCUUGUAAAGAAUUGUCCUAAACAAGAUGUUGCACAUAUUGACCUUGAAUCAAGAGACGAAUAUGAGGACUAAGCUUGGGCUAUGAAGAUAAGAAGAAAAUAGAUGAAUAUACACCCGAGGCGAAAUGCUGUUGCAUUAUUUAUGUCAUCCAUCAAAUUGGUGCUCUCGUUGAGAGAAGAGAAACAUACUCGUAGGUGAACUCCCGGAAGCGAGAAUGGUGCAAACAAGGAGCAACGCCCCCACCACCUGCCAGGUAGUUGGCGAGGAGAUGGCGCCGGGAAGCGGCAACGGCAUGGGCGGCAUAGGCUCGACUCCGGACGUGGUCCAGGCGUUGUUCGGCUUGGGGGUGACCGCGGAGCAGCUCCAGGCAGCCGUUGCGGCACUUUCCGCCAUGGGCGGGAACGUGCCCGGCGUCGGAGCUGGUAAAGCCCCACCCGGCCCCCAUGUCGAACACGCUGCCACUUCCCAACACAAGGGGAAGAAGACCCGGAGGAGCAAGAGGAGGCCCGGCAAAGCCCAAGUGUUCGAGGAGGUAAUAGUGGAAGACGUUCCCGAAGGGGAAGACGAUGAGUCCAAUGAGGGCCGAGUGUCGGCCUUCAAACGUCUAGGAGGUGAAGAGACGAGGAUAUCGGCGUUCGAUAGGCUCGACCGCGAACCGGAAGACCGCCUGGGCGACCUCCGCCGACAGAUCUCCCAAGUCAGGCGAAGGCAUGCCGAGGAGUCCGCGACAUCGGAUGCUCGCUCGGCGAGGCCCGAGCGAAGCGGGGAAAGGCGGGACGAGCGCGACCAGCGUCACCGCAGUCCGACAAGAACCGUGAAGGCAAAGGAUUCUGACCAAGGGGUAUCCCGACUCGCUCGGGAGAUUGCCGACCUCAAGCGCCGAGUAGAGACUCGGGCUCCUUACAGCCAGCCCAUCUUGCGAACGGUGACUCCGUUCACUCCGAGGGUCAUGUCGGUUCCGCUACCGUCCAACUUCCGGCCGUGGCAGAUCAAAGCUUACAACGGAACGACGGACCCCCAGGACCAUUUGUCCAAGUUUUACGCGUCAAUGGAAGCGGCAGCGGCCCCGGACGAAGUCAAAUGUCGGUGUUUCCUUGCCACGCUAGAGGGUUCUGCGUGUGACUGGUUCAACCGACUCCCGAAGGGGACCAUCGACGAUUGGGAUACGUUGGCGGAGAAAUUUCUAACGCACUUCGCGGCCAACCGGAGACCGGGGCUACCCUACUCCCACCUGCUCAACAUAUGCAUCCCCCUCCCCCGUGGAGAGGUGAGGAAGGAGCUCCGCAAGAAUCCUCCCCCUAUGUACCAAGAAACCUUGGCGCGCGCAAAGUUCUUGGCGUCGGAGGAAUUCGACGACAACCCUGAAUCUGAGGUCGCGCCGACCAAGCGAGCUCCCGCAGAUUCAGGGGAGAUAGCGAAAAAGAGGAAGAAGAAGAAGGACUACACCACAGGCCCGAGGCCGCCCUCGGCCGGAGUAUACUCUGUGGGCGCGCCCGUAGGGGCGGGUCGAGAGCUCGCCCUCUCCCCGUUUCCUCACGCAGAGACCUACGUGGUGUCCAGCGGAGCCAAGUAUUGCGAGUAUCAUCGCAAUAACACUCACAGCACUAAGGAAUGCUUCACUCUGCAGAAGGAGAUGCAGCGACUCAUCGCCCGAGGGCCGCCUCCACGGGAUGAGAACGCCACCCCCUCUCGGGGGCCGCCGGAAGGGAGGACAUGGAGGAAACCGACCGAGCCGGUCGCGGUGGCGACUCAGGCAAGGAAUCCCGAGAAGAGGCACAUCGGGCGGGAUUGUGAGGACCUAGACGAAGAUGAGGCGCAAGGAUACCCGGUGGGAUUUAUCCAUGGAGGAAACAUCGGCGGGGAUUCCGUCGCCCAGAGGAAGAAGUGGAAGCACCUGGCAUUUGUCGCCAAGGUUCAACAAGCGCCGGUGCCCAAGCUCGGAAGACGAGAGCAAAUCCAGUUUACGGAGAAGGACCUUCCGAGCGCGACGAGCCCCCACCGGGAUGCUCUAGUCGUGAAGAUCGAAAUCAAUGACACCAUAGUGCACCGCACCUUGGUGGACACGGGAAGCUCGGUUAACAUCAUGUAUGAGAAGACCUUCAAGGACCUCGGCUUGGACCGCAAAGACUUGAGGCCCGUGCGCACUCCUCUCUCCGGGUUCACGGGGGACUCCAUUGAGGCCGAAGGAGUCAUCACCCUGCCCGUGAUAGUAGGGGAUGGUGCGCACAAGGCUAAGCUGAAGAUGGAAUUCAUGGUUGUGAGCAUCAACUGCGCGCACAACAUGAUUCUAGGGCGGCCUGGCCUGGAGGACUUGGAAUGCGUAAUCUCCCCGUACUACUUGUGCAUGAAGUUCCCCACUCCGUCCGGGAUUGGGGUGGCGAGGGGAGAUCAGAAGUUAGCUCGAUCGUGCUAUGUCCGAAUCACGAAGAAAUUGCCAAGGGACGAGACGUUGGUCGUGCAAGCACAAGAAGAGGUGCGGAAGCUGGAAGCACGACCGAAGGCCGAGCCCGCCGAGGAAGUCGAGGAGGUGCUGCUCGACCCUCGAACACCCGAACAGAAGGUGAAGAUUGGAGUGAGUCUGACCGGGAGCCAGCGGAAGCGCUUGAUGGACGUGCUCUCGGCCUACCGCGUGAUCUUUGCUUGGGGACCUGGGGAUAUGCCGGGAGUAGACCCCAAGGUCAUAUGCCACCGCUUGGCAGUCAAUCCCGAGUCUAGGCCGCGACUGACGCCUUACUUCCAAGCUCACCCGGUUCAGGUGCUCUCCCAGCAGCCCAUAGGCGCGCUACUCAGGAGCCCGAACGCGCCCUCUCGCAUGUCUAAGUGGACAGUAUUCCUGGGAGCCUUCCAGAUCGAGUUCAAGCCAAGGCCGGCGAUCAAGGGGCAAGCGCUGGCCGACUUCGUGGUGGAAUGCACCGCUCGGGAAGAAUCGAGUCCGGAACUUGAAACCGAUGACUGGUGGACAGUUUUUACCGACGGCUCCUCCGCCGCCAAAAACUCGGGGGGUGAAGUGGUGGUCAUCGCACCCGAAGGUUUCAGAGCGUACUAUUCAAUUCGCGUCGAGCAGAUCCCCCGAGCGGAGAACGCGGAGGCGGAUAUCUUGUCAAAACUAAGCUCGGACACGCCCGAGCACAUCAGGCGGAUGGCGAAUGUGGAAGAGCUGUCCAAGCCGAGCAUCCAUGCCUUCCCCGUGGCGAUGAUCUGUGCUCGGCCCAAAGAUUGGACGGACGACAUAGUUGCCUUCCUAAAGGAUGGCACCCUCCCGGACGAUGCGGUGAAGGCCAAGCUGGUCCGAACGAGGGCACCGGGAUACACGUUGGAAGGCGAGAAGCUAUACAAGCGAGCGUACAACGGGACGCUACUCAGGGAGGAGGUCUUCGACCCCGAGCGUAACGAAGAAACCUUGGCAGCCGAGCUUCACCUCGUGCACGAGAGGCGAGAAGCGGCCUUCAUACGGGCGGAAAAUUACCGAAGGAAGGUGAAGAGCUACCAUGAUGGGCGUGUGCGCGCACGAGGGUUCGCUGAAGGAGAUUGGGUCUUGCGCAAGAGGACGGUGAGCCGCCCCCUGGAAGGGGGAAAGUUCGCCAAAAAUUACGAAGGCCCAUACAUCAUCAAAGAAGCGGUGGGUCCGUCGACGUUCCGCCUGCAGACGCCGAGCGGGGGGGGACGUGCUUAGGACGUGGAAUGCUGAGAACCUAGUCAAGUUUUAUCAGUAGAUUUCCGAUGUACACGGACCCCAAAGAAGGGAACCCGUAGAUCUUUUUGGAGGGACAAUGGAAUGAAGUUUUAUUUUUUGC